AUGACACUCUACUACACAUUUGUUUUCGGCAUCUUGGCUUUCGAAAUGGUCAUGUUUCUGUUGCUGGCACUACCCAUUCCGUCCAAAUAUCGCAAACCUGUUACGAUGGCGUUGAUUAGGCCGUUUCGACUUACACAAGUUCAAGUAGCCAUAAAAUGUAUUCUAGGGUUCAUUUUGUUGCUGUUUGUGGAUACAAUCAAUCGUGUGUAUAGUAUCAACACCGAACUAGCGCAAACAUCCAUAGCUGCAGGCGUGGGCGUCAGUGACCGGAACGAAGUCCAAAGUCGUAAGUUUUACGCUCAAAGAAACAUGUAUCUUACUGGCAUUACAUUGUUUCUAACUUUCACCGUGUUCAGAACUUACGGGUUGGUAUGGGAAUUGUUGGAACUGAAGGAAAAGUACAGAAACGAACCUGAAAAUAUGGACGUCAAUGACUUGAAAAAACAGAUUGCGGAUGCAGACAAGGAGAUCGAGUCCCUCAAGGAACGUGCCGAAAGUUUACAAGUGGAGAUGUGA